UCAUGUAAUUGUCAGCAAGAGUCAUUACUUUAGACAUAAGUCAUACACACCGUGACUCUCGAUAGAUUUCUGGUUAUCACUUUUCAAUACUCGGUUCGGACGAAACUAACUGUAGGCCGUAUGUAGACAAGAGGUGGUUUCAUCGAGAUAUCCCAUUCUCCUGGGGGAAGGAGCAUCAAUAUUGUUUGGGCAGUAUUGUUCUGGGAAUCACGUACCUAGUACCUGGCUCGUGCACUGGGCAGUGUUCAAGAUUUUAUGAAAUGAUUCGAUUUUCAGCUCUCAACCAAAGCCACUCAAGAGAGGCCCUAUCUCCUCGAGAGGGCGGUGGCCAGAUUUCUCGCACUAAAGAAGCUCAGGAGUCGGCAGCCCUGCAGAAGUACAAUAGCGCAUUGGCUCUGCAGCAGUCUGGCAAGUUGGAGCAGGCUAAAAUCUCCUAUGGUGAGCUCUUGGAGUUGCCGCUGGUGAACGAGGAGAAUGAUGGUGACAACACUACUGGUGUUCGUUUGAAGUACCUAUCGCUGAAGAACCUGGCCGCCAUAUCCAUAGCCAGUGGAUGCCAGGAAGAGGCUCUGGCAUAUUUUGUUGAUGCUGCCGCUGUGGAUGGUUCCGAUGUUGUCCUCUGGUAUCACAUGGGUCGCAGCGCCCUCGCGCAGCAGCGACUCGCACUGGCACGGCAUGCCUUUGAAGUGGCUCUUUCCUUGCAUGCGGACUACUGGCCGUGUGUUGACUCCCUGUGCUCCGUUCUCUUUGCCAUUGGGGACUACCACAGCUGCUUGGAUGCCGUGCUGGAUGCAUUGGAGCUGGAUGGGACGUAUGAACGAGGGCGUGCGCUUCUGCAGUACAUGAGCCAGAAUGAGAGCUGGCUCUCCAAGUUGAAAGAGGAGCCAAUGCGGGCGUUCACGUGGCUGCGGCAGAGAUUACCAGCUGACACUGUUGACCAGUAUGUCACUGAAGCCGUCAAGCUGCGGCCAACUGUCAGCAAGCCGGACAACAGUGCAUGUAAGCCGGAGCUCAAACUGUCCUCGCUGAGCUGGUCAUCCCUUGGCUGCGACCUGCUGUCACUGUGGGAGAAGCUGACACAUCAGGAUUCACCAAGUCUGCUUGCUGUGUCCGUCAGCCUCAGUGAUGCGAUCGCCAGUGUCAGUAGCAAUGACUUCCGCAAAGCCGUCGCCGCUCCAACAAGCGGCGUGUUUAGCGAGCGGCAGACUGCCGGCACCGCGUCCGACUGUGCCGACAUGGAACAGCUCGGCCGCCACAGUCUGAAGCGUAAGCACCCGCAAGCGUCCGUCAGCAGCAUCAACACGUCCCCACAGCAGACCAACAGUGCACAGUCGAACUCGCCCGGCACGCCUAAGCGACGCUCCACUCGAAACCGUGCUACGAACAAGAAAGAGAAUUCCGACAGCCCUCGCUGUUCAGAGCAACUGCGAGCCUUCUUGCCAGUAGAGUUACGUUGUCAGCCUGUGAGGACUCCAGUGCAGUUGACGCCAUCACCCGGUGGCCGCCAGUCACAGAGAAUGCCAUCGGCAUCGGCACUCAAUGUCAACAGGCAUCAUCCGUUUGCAGAUCACGCAAGCGGAGAGGAGAUUUCCGACUUCCUCUGCCGUAAUGUCACCAAUCAGGGAUUACUUGAUCUGAUCACCAAAUACCUGAUCAAUAUGGCAUGCAAUCGCCGCGGUGUUAUCUGGCCGGUGCCGUUGCGCAAGGCGUUUGUGCAGCUCUACUCUCUGGUGCGCCCGUGCUGGUCGGCACCUACACUGGAGUCCAGAUCGGAGGACAGUAAGCGUGUUAACAAGCUGGCGUGGGUGGCACUUGUGGGAUGUGAGCUUGCACUGGACCAGUUCACGACCAGUGCACUGGAGGCCAGCAAGAAAUCUUCAGCACCACCAUCACAACCACGCUUGUUGAGUCUGAUCGGCAGAAGCAUUGGCGCCGAUCUGCACUUUCUGAUAUCCACAACGACCCCCGUGUCGUUCAUGGGCGUGGAGUUUGUUUCCAGAGUCUACUGGCUCUCAGCGCAUGUGUCCACACAGCUUAAUCAGUCUGCGGCGGCCAUUGGUCAGUUCUACAAGGCACUGCAUGCCGUCGAGUAUGAUGACAACCCUGGCAGAGAGGCGGAUGAUAGCCAUGCCAAGCCACUGCGAGUGUUCAGCAUCAAAACCGCCGUUCACAACCCCAUCAUAUCUGGUGGAACCAUUAGACAGCGGAUUGACACCGUUACCAAGCAGAAAACCUUUGAUGAGAUCAAGGAAAACUUCAGCUCCGGCAAUCACGAGAAAGUCAUCGACACGCUGGAACCUCUGUUGGACGAGGACACGUUCUCCGCGAAUAAGGACCCACAGUUCGACUUGAUUGGUAACACAGCUGGCCCAUCUGAACGGCAUCGUCAGCUCCUUCUCCUGCAGGACGCAUACUUCCAACUCGGCCGCUUCCAGGAUUGCCUGCGCUGUGCUGAGAUCAAUGUCUCCGAUAUCCUGAAGUCCAACGAUGGCAUGGACGAACACCUGGACCUGCUCAACAAGAUACUGGAAGUCAUACCAAAAUGUCUGAAGAAACCCGGAACACUCUUCUCUAACCUUCCUAGCCUGAACCAGUGGCGCCUAGCCAAUAGUCUGCUUCAGAUCAUUGACCAUAUGUCCAUGAACCUGGAGACUUGUCAGGACACGUUACCAGUGGCAUUGCCAUGGCUAGUGCUGCAUGUUCUUAUAAAACAAAUCUCACCAUCUGUAAGUAACACUCCAAACAAACUACCUCUCAGCAAGAUUGCCAACCAUGCAGCUCAGUCCAAGGAGACGACACAGCCACCAACGACAGGCGAAACACAACAGCAGAGCGAUUCAGCCACUGCCGAAUCUGCAGUAGGCACGGCGGACAAGCUACCGACCGACCCCACCAGCGAGACUGCACCUACACCGACUGCCUGUGAUGAGCCAAUGGAUGCUAGCACAGACAUGACAACACCUGUGAUUUCCAACAUGUUUUCUGCUGCAUCUAUUGGUAGGAUUCAUACUGAUUCCAACUCGUCUGCUAGUUCAACGUUUAGUGCAGCGGAGCAUGACCCGCUGCCAGGUCAUUUCCGUAUACUGCAAAUGGCACAUGCCAUACUGGGCAGACACGGUCUGUGCUGUUCUAUGGAUGGUCACUUGCUGCUGAUCUUGGUCAAGGAAGGGAAGAAACUCCUGCCGCAGCUUGACAGCGUCACUAGAGAUGAAGUGGUACGUGAACUGGAGCAGUGCUACUUUUGUCUGUACGGCCAUCCGAACAAGAAGUACAAGGCUCGAAGGCUGGAGGACCAUGGCUCACCGCAGAUUGAAUUAACGUGGACGCACUCCAUCGAUCUCUUUGAGUUCUUCUGCCCGGUGACUCAGCCAACGUUUGACAGCACCAAGAUCGGCCUCAGCACGGAGCUGCUCAACCUGUUCCGGCGUAUCGUCACCGUUCUCUCACGCUCACUGGAGCCAGUGGUGGCUCUGGAGUCUCUUCAGUUGUACUUGGAGAAGGCUGGACACGAUCACACUGUCCUACCCACCACCAGAACGCAGCAACCGGUGGUUUCCGAGAUCUAUCACUUGCUCGGCGACUUCCACCUGAAGAAUGCAGACUAUCUGAAAUCAUCCAAGUGCUACAUGCAAGACCUGUGCUACAACCCGGGACGCUUUGACUCCUGGGCCGGCCUGGCGCUGGCCAAAUCGCAGCGCAUCGAGGAGCGCGUCAAUUCGCUGGACACUCUGGGCAAUACUGCUCGCUUCGUCCGCCGCCAGGGACAGCCGACUGUACUAUGUUACAGUCAAGCGUGUAGGCUCAACGGUGACAAGUGCUGCCUUCAGGAGCAGUUUGGACUGUUUGCAUACGGCCUGAGCAGCCUGUCGUCGCGUUACUCUCAAUCACAGGGUGACGCCAGCGUGUCGGGCUCUGGAGACGACGGCGGCGCAGCUGGCGUCACGCUCGACAGGUCCAUGCUACUGGCGCAGGCCAGGGAGUGCUUCGUGGCCUGCCUGGAUCUGCACGGAGACGAAGAGGACACCUGGCUGCAUUGCCUGAUGCUGGCCAAAAUAGCGUACAAAACCGGCGCAGCGUUGCACGAGUCACUCAACUAUUGCAUGAAGGCCCAGUCUUAUCUGGAUCUGAAGGGAGUGCAUGCCAACCACUACAAGCGAGUGUCGUUUGCUAACACCACCGAGAACCUGGCUGCUCUGUCCAGUGUUGAGAUCUUCUACCGCUUGCAUGUGAUCAUGCUGAAGGCACUUCUGAAGGGCGAUGCGGAUGCAGAGCAGCUGGACACAAUCCGCACCUACCUGAAGAAAGCCAGAAUGCUACCGUUCGCCGUGGCAAACCUUACCACCGCCAGUGCAGCCGGGCUAGCUUCGACAUCGCAACAGCCAUUGCCCGAAGUCGGCUCUCCGCCUUUCUCGCCAUCCGCAGCAAGCAACGUGGCAGCAACAGCCCAAGACUCCGUGAAUGCCCAUUCAUGUGCGCCCUCUGCUUCAGAGGAGCACACGACAGAGCCAACAAGCACCACGGCAGCAGCAGCAGCAGCAGUGGGGGCGGCCAUCGCACCAACCUGUCGCAUUGCCACACGGAGCAGGAGCGGACGGUCUGAAUCGCACGAAUCGUCCGCCAGUUCUGCCGAAACCAAGGAAAAGGACAAGGACGGGGACGGCAGUCAACAUCAGGACUCAGUCUCGAGCCACGACGGCGACAGUCAACCCGAGCCUUCCGCUCAGGCUGGCUCGAAAGAAGACGGCGCCUGUGCCGCCGACGCCAGCGCGGGCAGAAAGCGCAAGAGAACGCUGUCCAGCACCAGCGUUGACAGCAAGACGUGUGCUGCUGGCAGUGGCAACGGGACGUCAGCUCCCUGCUCCACAAUCCUGGAGGCGGACGACGGCGAAGAUACGGCUGAUAGUGGUGCAGAUUCGUCUGCAGCCGGGCUGCUGAGACAGUGCAUUGGGCAGCUGACGUUGUGCGCGCGCGGCUUCUCGCGGCACUAUCGCACCGUCUACCGACUCGCUCACUUCUACUACUCCGACCCGCAGAAGAAGAAUUUAGAGCGCAGCCGUGCCCUGCUGUUGCAUGGUAGCAACAGUGGCGGUGGUGGUGGCAGCACUGACGCGUGGACUGCCCAGCUGCCGCAGUGCUCCCUGUUCCGCUUGAAAGCGCCCUUCUUCCAGUUUUGGAAGAGCCCCAUUGAAGAGCUGGAACGGCCGGGCAGUUUUGUUUGCCACAUCAACCGCUCGCUGUCUCUACUGCAGGACGUACUAGUGGAGCUGUCAGACACCACUCAUCUCCUGGCCGUCGCCCAGUACCUGCACAAGAAACCAGAGCAGGCCAAGAAGUUUCUUCACGACACAGACCGCGUCGGCUGGGCAAACAAGAUGCUCAAGUCCUGUAUUACACUACUAGGCAAGCAGCUGCGACAAGAGGUGCAAACUCUGCUGGAUGGUAUACCAGCUGAAGAUGCCGAUGCUGCGGACGCGUCGCCCAAGGAAUCGUACCCAUCCGUGGAAUCGUACGCCGGUUUGCUGGAGUGUCUCGGUGCGCUGUUCAACGUUCGCAGCACUGCCGUCAAGGCCAAGUUUGACCAGACGGAGCUUGACUGCCUGUUUGUGGAGGCUGGCCAAGUGCUGGCCCCGUGGAUAUUUGCAGAGAAGAGUGCGGAGUCGAUUCGCGCUGUGUCACGCGAGGAACUGAUCUGCUCCACCAUCGGCUUCCAGCAGUACUACCAGUCUGCCAGUGCAGCCGCUUCACAAACCUCUCAAACAGCAACAGCAACAGCAGCAUCUUCAUCACUUUCCAUCGGUCUCUUGUCCAUGGACGUCACUAGUCAGACCGUUCCGGACGCCAACAGUCAGAUGGCUGCGCCCAGCGUAGCAACGACGGGUACUGGCAAGGCCGAUGCCGCCUCAAAGACAUCGGCGUCAGCCUCGUCCUCGGGCAACUGCGUAGCGUCCGCUCUGCGCCACAUGAGCGUAGUGCAGGCCGCUCGUCAAACUCGUCCAGCUCUGCUCGCCAUCGGUGUGCCGCGGCCGGCAGAGGCAACUUCGACAACUGAACCAGCUGCGGAGCUCUCCCCUAGCGCUGUUUCACAUGUGGAGAACGGUCACACUCCUGUCAGCAACGCAGCAGCAUCAGUAGUGACCUCGCCUCGGUCGCCGACGCAUCCUAACCCUACGCCAACACAGACAUCACCACAGUCAAACCAGCAUCCGCUGUCAUCUCCUCCGAACAGUGCUCCGCUGGAUGAGCCGCAUGUUGACGAAGAGACGAUGGAUGAAGACCCAUGAAGUGUGUGUGCUGUUUAGCCAUUCAUGAACAUGUCGGGAGCCAGCCAGCCUCCGUAAUGAAGUGGUGGUGCUAUGUACAGUCGCUGAGUGCAAUUUGGGCGUAUUGUUCUAGUUCACACUUUAUACAGUGCCAAGGUUUAGUGUGCACGAGUCUUGAGUGAUGUAUUGUAAGCUGUAGAGAUGACGGAUGUUUCUUUUCCCCGUGGCAUCUUGACCGUGGCUGUGGAGUGUGUGUGUGUGUGUGUGUGUGUGUGUGUGUGUGUGUGUGUGUGUGUGUGUGUGCGUGUGUGUGUGUGUGUGCGCGCGUUGAUCGGUAGGCCGAACCGGCCGCCACGUUGCUAUGAAUGGCGGUUUGCAAUGGCUCUCAGGUUCCCAAAAUACUACUUCUCGGCUGCUGCUGUUGUUGUUUGAAAUCUUUUAUUCUCACAUUGUUGUUGUUGUUGUUGUUUAUUCAGUUUCUUAUCUCUGCCUAUGGUAGCCGGCUUAGUCUGUGAUCACUGAUGCUGUUACACUUUUUUAAAGACUCUUGGCGAUUUCUAUUUUUGCGAAAGUGUUUGCGUUCCAUUGUCACCGCGGGCACUCUUUUCCUUUGGCUUUUGUGUGAAUAGAGAAAUAUGUAUUUAUUUCAAACGUA